UGAACGGCCAGGCGCGACUGCGGCCGCACGCGUGGGACAGCGGCGGCGACUCGCGGCGUCCAGGGACAGCAGCCACCAUGAAGCCCAGGAUGGUUUUGGACCCUAAGAACAGCCACAACGAUUAUGGCAGUUUUCAUAGCCCUGGUGUUCAAGGAAGCCCACAUCACGCUAUAGACGUAGAAAGUUCUUCUCAUCAAGUGAAUGAUGAUACUACAGUCCUUCACAGCGAGAGUGAGAGUUCCCGCCUAGCUCCUGAUAUGACACAGUCUGAUCUUUAUCAGCGACAGCCCCUACUCCCACCAUCAGCAAAAAAUGAUUCGUGGUCUGGGAGUGGGAAAGGCAGUGUACUCCAUUCACCAUCCAGUGAAUACUACGAUGUGGAAGAUAAGACUGAGGGUCUGUCCAUUCACAGAAAUGGUAGCCUUUCAAAUGGCAUCGUCAAGAUCGACGUACCACCACCUCUCCGUGAAGAACCUAGGUUCCCAAAGGAGAAAUGGAAAACAUUUGUUGCAUUUCUAAUGUUAGUGGUGAAUUUCAUAAUCACCACUGCAACUCUGGCAUUGGUGCAUGAACGUGUACCUGAUAGAGAUAAAUAUGGACCACUACCAGAUAUAUUCCUGGAUAACGUCAAGGCUGCAGAUUGGGCCUUAGAUGUCUCCGAAAUCCUUAUUAUGAUCUCUACAAACACUGCUUUCAUAGUUCUUAUCUUCCACAAACACAGGUAUAUCGUGAUGCGGCGUGUCUUCAUGAUCCUUUCCUUGUUGUACCUGCUGCGUUCCAUCACGAUGUUUGUGACAGUCCUUCCUGUAGCCAGCACAACAUAUUACUGUUCACCUAAAGCCAAUGCUACAAAUGGGUACAUAGUGGCUCAGAGGGUGUGGCAGUUGAUAUCUGGUUUUGGGCUUUCUAUUAAUGGAAAGCACACUUAUUGUGGUGACUACAUUUACAGUGGGCACACUGUCAUUCUUACCAUGAGUUACCUCAUUAUUGCAGAAUAUUCACCAAAGCGCUGCUUCCCCGUUCAUUGGAUUUCGUGGGUUGUUUCUGUCGUUGGGGUUAUUAUGGUGCUUGUUGCUCAUGGGCAUUAUGCUGUUGAUGUUAUUAUAGCGUACUAUGUUACUACAACUUUGUUCUGGAUGUAUCACACUUUGGCAAACAAUGCUAAUUUGAAGCAAAAUGGACCAAACAAUUUCCUUGCAAGGUUGUGGUGGUUCCCAGUGUUCCGGUAUUUCGAAAAGAAUGUCGGAGGGCCAGUUCCGCGGCAAUAUGAGUGGCCCCUGCCUUGGCCGAGAUGGUGCCAUGGCAAGCACCCCAACAGGAACAGUUAGUGAUUACUACAAAACUGUUUUGUAUACCAGUGUGCUUGCAUUGUUUCAUCAUGCACAAUUCAGGGAACAGUGUAAAUUUGGUGAAAUAUUUAUUUCAACUCAACGGCUGGAAUACUUUAAAAACAUUUUAUAUGUGAGAGAGUGACUUUUUAAGUGAAAGACUGAAAACGCAAAGGGAAAUAUAUAAACAUGAGCGACAAGGAUUCUAGGAACAUUAGUAUUAUUCAGCAGUAACUGGCUCUUGUGUACUGUUCCUGUAUAUUUUGCGUGUGCCGCCGUGUUCCUAUUUUGUAAUAAUUUAUUGAAAUAAAAAAAGAAAAAAAAACUGUUAAA